UAUAAACACACCUGCAUGUUUCUCACGACCAAGGGAAGCCUUACGAAAACCGAAGCUGAUAUAAAGCUCGACGAGAGAGGCAUCUCCUCUGGAAAACCCGCGACGAUGUUGUUCCGUGGUGCUGUGCUAGCCGUGUGCCUCGCCUUGGCCUGGUCGGACACGCCGGCCAACUGCCUGUACGAGGACAUCCGCGGCACAUGGACCUUCCAGGAGACGGAGCGGUCGGGCGACAGCAGCCUCAGCUGCGACGAACUCGGCCCCGUCGUCCACACCAAGACCUUCACCCUCAGCUUCCCCGACACCGCCACGGAUGAGCUCGGGAACGAAGGCACCUGGACCAUGAUCUGGAACCAAGGUUUUGAGGUUAACAUCAACGAAAGGUCAUACUUCGCCUUCUCCUACUACGAGGGUGACUUUACCUCGGCCACCUCCUACUGCGACCGCACCUUCAGCGGCUGGUCACGUGACAAGACCAUCAGGAACUGGUCCUGUUUCUCCGCCCAAAAGAACACCAGGGUAGCCCCCCGCACGUCCAGUAAGGUGACGCAGCCUCUGUCGAAGCUCCACAAAGCCUACAGAAAUGACGAGAAACUUGUGUCUGACAUCAAUGCCGCACAGACCUCUUGGCGCGCUAAGGCGUACCCAGAGCACGAGAAAUUCAGCCGCUACCAAAUGUUCCUCCGCGCGGGAGGCCCCGGCGCUGUCCUCUCCAGCCCCCCCUCCCCCGCCCCCGCGACCCCCGAGCAGAAGGCCCGCGUCGCCUUCCUGCCGGAGAACUUCGACUGGCGUAACGUGGAGGGCGUCAAUUACGUGAGCGACGUCAGGGACCAGGGAGGAUGCGGCUCCUGCUACACCUUCGCCUCCAUGGGCCAGAUCGAGACCCGCCUGAGGAUCGCCACCCGCAACCAGCGCCAGGACGUCUUCUCCACGCAGGACGUCGUCUCCUGCUCGUCCCUCUCCCAAGGAUGCCUCGGAGGCUUCAACUACCUGAUCGCCGGACGCUACGCCAUGGACCAGGGCGUCGUGGCCGAGGAGUGCAACCCUUAUACCGGAAGUGACGACCUCUGCGCCACCGACUCCAGCUGCGCCCGCACCUUCGUCAGCGACUACUCAUACCUGGGCGGCUACUACGGCGCAUGCAACGAGGAACUCAUGUUGCAAGCGCUCGUGGAGAACGGGCCCCUGUCUGUGUCCUACAUGGUUUACGAUGAUUUCUACAACUACGACGGCGGCAUCUACCACCACACGGGUUUCAAGAACGACUUCAAUCCGUUCGAGAUGGUGACUCACGCUGUUCUGCUGGUGGGCUACGGCGUGGACGACACCACAGGCGAGAAGUACUGGACGGUGAAGAACUCGUGGGGCGCGGACUGGGGCGAGGACGGCUUCUUCAGGAUCAGGAGAGGAAGCAACGAGUGCUCCAUCGAGUCCAUGGCCGUUGACAUCACAGCCAUCCCUUAAAUUCAUGUUAUUCACAAAGAGCUUUGUAGUAAAAGAACGUAUGCGUAAAAAAAAAAAAAAAAAAAAAAAAAAAAAAGUUGUUUUACUGCCAGUUUAAGUGUAUAUCAAUUGGAAUAAUUAGUGAACGAUUUUGUUUUAUUUGUAGCUAUAAGUUGUAUUAUUCUUGAAGCUGCGGUGGCCGAGUGGUUAGAGCAUCGGACUCAAAGACUGUCAUGACAAUCAGAGUUCGAGUGGAAUAUCCCGUGCCCGGAUGAAUGGGGAAGGUUGGCGGCAGGAAGGGCAUCCGGCUGUAAAAAACAAGCCAUGACUAUGGCGCGGAUCAUUCCGCUGUGGCGACCGCUGAGGGGAGCAGCCGAAAGAAGAAAGAGAAAAAAAUAUAUAUUAUCCUAGAUAACACACGCAUGUAAUCUGGAGGAUAUCAUGAUUACAUGCCACCACGAAAGAACACAAAGCUGGUUUGAACGGAUUUUAUAGAUUUACUCACACGAAAUAUCAACACAAAGCAGGUUGCCACUGAAAACAAACUCAGAACGCUUUUAUUUCAACGGAGUGAAACGAAAAUACAUGAAUUAAAAUUUG